AUGGAACCAAACACUUCCAAAGAAACUGCCAGUACUGGUUUUGUUAUCCAUCAAGAAAAUGAACGUAAAAGUUUUAGUAAAUCACAAAACUCAUUAAAAGGUUUAAUUGAACCAGAUGAAAGUGAAGACAUUGAUGUUGACAUUGACCAUGAUGAUAUUGAACAAGAUAAAAGCAAUAUAACACCUCCACUUACACCUCCAAUUGAAAAAAAAGUUAUGUUUAGUGUAACUCAAGCUCCUUCAAUAACUGAGCGUGAAGUAAGAUUAAAUUCAAUUAGGUCUAAACAAGAUGUGUUAUGUGUUAAUGGUGUGAUGGAUGAACUUAAAGAUAAAGGAAAUGAUUUUGACAACUCUACAACUGACACAACAAUGGAUUGCGUACCUACACCAUAUAAAACAGUUGAAACUAUAAAAAAUGAAGAAGUAUUUUCAAAGCCUAUUGAUGCGUCAGUAAAUUCAUUUGUAUAUGAGUCUCAAAGAAUGAAUGAAGAAAACAAACUUGAUUCAUCAAAAACAGAAGCCGAAAGUAAAGUAAGCUUUGAACAAACAGCUGAAAUAAAAAAUGAUAACAUGGAGUUAGAAGAUCUUAUUGCUCAAGCAGAUAACAAGAAAGUUUUAGAAAUGAAUAGUGAUGUUCCAAGUGAUGCUGCAACAGAAGCAGGUUAUUCUUUAAAUGAAGAAUCAAAAAGUGAAAAGAAAGAAGAUAAUGACCAUUCAUUUGAAGAACAAAAAGAAGAAUUAAGGAGAAUGUCUAUUGAAAUUGAUAACCACCAAUUACAUGAAGAAUUUGAAACCCCUCAAAAUAAUGAACCAAUAGAUUUCAAACAAAUAAAAGAGGUUAUGGGAAAUUACACUACUAAUGAUAUAAAAUUAGCAAGUCAAAUCACUGAUAAUACUAUAACUAAUCAAGAAGAUAACUCUAACCAAAUAAAUGAAAAAAUAACUUAUGUCACUGUUCCAACUAUGAUAAAACACCAACCAAAACACUGUUCUUCUUUUAAAAAACCUAAGAGAGUUAUUUCUGUUCAAAGAGAGUUAAAAGAAAAUGAAUGCCACAAAGAAAGUAGACCAAUUAAUAGCAAAAAGAAAACUGGUAAUGGUUUAAACAAUUAA